UCGUCCCUGCGGCGGGGGCGGACUGCCGGCAUAAAGGCCGGGCCGCCGCACCUCGCUGCGCUGUUUGCUUCCUUCGGCCUGCUCUCUCCUCCCGGUUGCCCCGGAGUCACCGGGCUACACUACGCCGGGCAGGCAGAGGUAUCUGAAGAAAUAGCCUCAAGAUGAAUUUCUUCCUGGAAACACUCAAAGUCAUCGGACUUUCUGUUUAUUACAUUCUGGAGUCACUAGUGUUCCUUAUUGUGCCUAAACGGAAGAAGAGUGUUAGUGGUGAAAUAGUAUUAAUAACAGGAGCGGGAAGUGGCAUUGGAAGACUCUUAUCUUUAAAGUUUGCCAGCCUUGGAGCCACGGUAGUUCUCUGGGACAUUAAUCAAGAGGGGCUCAAGGAGACAAGUAGACUGGUCAGAGAAAACGGAGCGGUGAGAGUACACAGUUACAUCUGUGACUGUAGCAAAAGGCAGGACAUCUACACAGUAGCUGAUCAGGUUAAAAAAGAAGUUGGUGACGUUACCAUCCUAGUCAACAAUGCUGGUAUUGUAACUGGGAAGACGUUUAUUGAUUCUCCAGAAUCACUUGUGGAAAAAAGCAUGGAAGUGAACAUAAUGGCACACUUCUGGACUUACAAAGCCUUCCUCCCAGCAAUGGUGGCCGCUAACCAUGGACACUUGGUUAGUAUUGCAAGCGCAGCGGGAAUUAUUGGAGUCAAUGGUCUUUCAGAUUACUGUGCAAGUAAAUUUGCAGCAGUUGGUUUUGCAGAGUCAGUUGAUUUCGAGAUGAGAGUUCUGGAAAAGUCUGGUAUUAAAACCACAAUUGUGUGUCCUUACUUCAUAAACACAGGAAUGUUUGAUGGCUGUAGAAGCAAGUGGCCAAGGCUGCUUCCUGGUCUGGAGCCAGAGUUUGUGGCUGAGAAGAUAAUGACUGCUAUUCGGCGGGACCAAGAAAUAUUGCUGCUACCACGCAUUCUUUAUUUUUUACUCGUUUUGAAACAUGUCCUGCCAGUGAAACUGACUGUUCUCUUUUUGGACUAUUUUGGAAACCUCCGUAUCAUGGAUACCUUCAAAGGUCGAGCGAAGAAGGACUGAAAAAGCAUAAAAUUCAGAGACCAGCAACUCUAAAGUGGACCUUGUUAAAGGUGGUGGUGGGAGAGGCCUGCUUCUCUAGCAGCUGUGAACUUAAGGUGCCUCACUUCUCAUUAGUAACAAUUUUUAAGGAAAUUGCUUUUUAUUUUGCUCUUAAUCACCAGCUUUCACUUAAACUAUUUUUUUAAUCCAGUGAACUGAUUUCUUUUCACCUCAUUAUGGAAAUGCAUUAAUUGAAGUUAGUUCCUUUGGUCAUGUCUGUUAUAAUGCCUUAAAUGAUCCUGCAUCACAAACUAAUAAUGGGCAACUUUGGGGAGAGGAGGGACCAAGAAACCACAUGUAUUUGGCAGGGAGACAGGAAAACCUCUACUGGACCUGACUUCUUACUGCUCUUCACUGGACCGUGAGGAGGGGCUGUGCUGCCAGUACCGUUACCACUCUCUGGGAAGCUGAGGAAUUCAGGAGUUUCCUGAAACAACAGAUUCGAAUGUAUACAAAUGGAAGUUUUGUGAAAUGAAAAUAUGUGCCGUGUUGGUGCAAAACCAAUGAAACGUAUUAAUUUCUGGAGGUGGUGAUCUUGGGACUCACAGAUGGCUAUGGAUGUCAGGAUGGGGAGGGGAAAGGAUGUAAAUUAUGUAUUUGUGUUGCUAAUCUACUUUUUGUCUCAUUUAUUUUAAAAGCUAGAACUAUGACUGCAACUUUGUAGCGAAAGAUUUUCUAUCUUCUAAGUGCAAUACUUUAAGAACAAUUUUAAAUUUUCAUCUCCUAAGCAGAAUAAACUUGUAGUUAUAAAGCGUAAGACUGCCAGUCUAAGUGGGCCGUCAGACGUCUUGCUAAGUAAGACACUGAGCUACUAAAAGCAAAGAUAAUACAUUGCAUAAUCAGGGCUUCUCUUGGGUUUAUUUCAGAAAGGAAUGAUGCUGAUGGAACUGGAGUGAAUGGGAUUGUUACACCCAUAGCCUGAGUAACAGCAUUAUGUUUUGCUUCUCUGAAUUGGGUGGCAGGUUGCCUUGUGUCUACAGAGACAUGUUUUACUUUGUCUUUACUCUUAGGACUAUCCAUUUAUUUUGGACAUAGGCUGAGAAGGUCUUGCCCUUUUUGACAAUGGCUGCUUAGAAAACUGAAAGCCCCUUUGACUUUUGGUAAAUCAAAAAUGAGAAAAAGAAAGAUUAUGCUUUAAAUGUAUGCCAUUUAUGCACAUGCUGGCUAAGCCCACCUCAUGUCACGGUCCUCUUCUGGCAGUUGGUAACACCUGCAAACUAAGGCUAAAAUGCAUUAGCAUGCAAUUAAUUGAAGGACAGUAUGGAGAAAAGGGUGAUUUCUUUAAUGGGUUGGGGUUUUUUUCCACAGUGGCCUACAAACUACCUUUAUUUCCCUUGUCUAUACAAUUAGUGAGGUUUACCAGCAAAGUUUACAUCGACCUACUUUACUACUGAUGAGCAAGAAACAGAGUAAAACAAAUGUGUUAAAAAUGGCCUUACCUUUAUAUGAUGGAUUAAUGAGAGUCAGAAUUCAGACUGAAGAAGAAAAGAUUUGUCUUACUAUCCUUUCAGAUUUGCAGAUUUUCUGCCGCAGAAAUUCUGCUGAUUUUACACUAUACUUCAGGAAAUGUAACUUACAAAUUAGAAAACAGAUCUUACCUAAAUAUGCUGUCCUUAUCUACAUUGCACUGUUCGCUGGUAAUAAAGUCAAUCGCUAAUAA